AUGAUCUUUUCUACAAAAUUACAAACUCAACAACAACCUUCAAGUCGCGGUUGUUAUUGUUUACACUACAUCUUUUUGUUACACAUAUCUACAGCAUUUUUAAUGAUAAUCAGUGCAUUGAAUAAUGAUGAAGCGACUAUACAAUUUCCAUUGAGAGAAGAUGUGCCGUUUGAUUCUCAGUUAACAGAUCUCGAAGCGUACAGAGAAUUACUGAUAAAUUUGCUGCAACCGUAUGAUGAACAGAUAAAAUUAGAUGAAGAUAUUGUUACUGAACCAUCACCCGAAGAUUCCUUGCUCUCCAUACGGUUUAUUCCUCAUUCACUUCAUUUUCCUGAACAACCCAUUGCCAUUCCACGCAUGCAGACGGUGAUGAUCAUCAACGAUAAUUCUGAACCACUGGAAUUAAAAUCAAUCUCAGGAAAUACAACUCAUUUUUAUUCAUCAUUUUUCAAACAAACAAUACUUCCAGCUCAUGGCGGUAAUACAUCAAUUAAUAUCUAUUGCUUGCCGCAAACGAUCGACAAUAUUCAAAGUAUUUUUACCGUUGAAACCAAUCGUGGAGAACUCUUCUUUCGUGUUUAUGGAAAAGGUAUAUCCAAUCCAUUUCGUUUACGGUCACUGAUUAGUGCGACAAUCCCGUUAAAUUCGACAUUUGAAUACACAAUUGACUUCUAUAAUCCGUAUAAUUAUUCAAUAGAUAUCAAUGAGAUAUACACAAGUGAUGAAAAUCUGAAUAUUGAUUUAUUGUCCAAGCGAAAUAUCCGAAAUAAGAUAACGAAAAAUCUGGAAUUUUAUGAACAGUGGCAUUUGAAACCAUACGAAGUCAAAUCAGUGAUAAAGAUUAAGUAUUGGGCAUUUGAAUUGAAUCAUUUUCGUGGUUUUGUUUGCAUCCAAACCAAUGCGACAGAUUUUAUUCUUUUACCGGUGAAAAUCAAUGUUUUGAAUCAUCCCAGAAUAUAUUCCAAUGUCGAUUUACUGGAAUUUUCAGCGAAUAGCUAUAUACAUUCAACAAUGAAACCGAUAACAAGGCCAAUUUAUAUAUUCAACAAUGAUUUGGAUCCCCUGUUGAUUUCAAAUGUACGCGUGUCAGACGAACAUCAAAACUAUAUGACUGUAUCUUAUAAAACUCUUCCCAUACCAGCGGAUAUCCAUCAUUUGAACCUUAUUGCUGAAAUUACUCUUUAUCCGUCAUUGAUUCCAACUGAUAUUCAGCAUUUAACAGGUGAUGUUCAAGUAUACACGGCGGAUGAUGAGCAACCUCGGUUACGAAUCCCAUUUGAUGAAAUAGUUUAUCAUGGUUUAGUAGAUUAUGAGAAAGAAAACACACGUUUUUUUAUUCCAUCAGCGAAUCGUGAUGAUUGUCAGCCAAUUAAAUUCAUCAAUCGCUAUACUAUUCCACUUUCUGUAUAUAAUAUCACAAUCGACAAUCCAGAACUUCUUUCUCCAUACAUUGAAAUCGAAGCUUUCUCAUCGAUUCUUUAUCUCUAUCCUAACCAAUGGACUAAAUUACUAUGUAUUAAUCUUCGUAAACAACCGUUAUCAACAACACCAUUCAUCAAUAUCCAAACAACACUGAAUGUGCAUACCAAUCUCUCAUGUUUCCCAUUUCCUUUUUAUCUAUACAAUGGAUUUCUCUCUUUGAAUCUCAUCACUGAUCAUACGAAUGGUGGUAUUCAUAAUGAUGAUACCAAUCCACUCGAGUUCUUUCUCGCCAGUAUACCUGUUCACACAUCAUUGACAGUUACAUUUGUAUUGAUGAAUACAAAUCCAAUUGACGUUCAAAUCGAAAAUGUUGAUUCAACUUUGUCAAACAUGAAGAUUCAAUUGAAUCAUAUGGAGCCACUAGCUGAUAAUCAUCAGUUAGAACGCAGAUCCGACAAUAUCACUACCAAUGAAAAUAUUUCUCAGCUAAUUAUUCCGGAGCAGCACCGCGCUGUGUUUCGAUUGACAAUCGAUGGAGGUGAUCAAGUACGAAUACACAACGAAUCCAUUACUUUUCGAACGAUUUAUCAAACUCUGCGAAUUAAUAUCAACUAUCAAACCAUUGAUGGCUCACUUCAGUAUGCAAACAAAACACCAAUACAUAUCAAUGCAUCUUUAAACCGCAUUGAAAUCAUCGAUAUAUUCCUGAACAAUAAAUUCAACACACCAGUGAAUGUACUACGAAUUGAGUUUGAAACACAUAAAUCAUGCUUUACAUUCACUUGGCCUGACCCAUCCGCCCCUCGUUUGAAACUUCAAUCAAAUCGAACACAACGACUUGGUAAAUUUCGUUUCGACAUGGCACCGUUAUGUAAAACUUUUCCGUCUGAAUUGAAUGUUUACUGUGGUUUAAAUCAUCAUGUUGUAUUCAAACGAAAAUGGGAUGAACAUGUGUCUGCAUUGAAUACAUACGAACUUGAUUAUACGUUAGUUAAACAAUUUCGAAAUCUUUGGCUUGAAUGGAUAUUAAUUGUACAAAAACAAAAAAUUCAAACUCAUGUAUGGAUUUAUACUGAUCGAGCGAAUAUCUCUGUGCCGAUUUCCAUUGCUUUUAUUUGGCCAUCCGUACUUGAACAUAUGUUUUCAUUAUCAUCCCGUACACCCAUCAUUCUUGAUUUCCAAGUGAUAUUUAUCAAUAUUACUAAAACGAAAGAUAUCAUUAUAAGCAAUCCUUCGCCAAAUUCUGUGAUCUAUACUGUCGAACUUCUUUGUAAUAAUUCCGAAAGUUCGAAACAGAUUAUCGACGACCGAAUAUUCACCAUCGCUACACCAUCGAAACGCGUCGAUUUAAUCAAUGGAAUGUACAAUUUCUAUCUUCAACCAACGGAACAGAUGAAAUUCACCAUUGCCUACCAACCAACGCAAACAAUUAAACAUGAAAUGUACUUUAUUGUCCGAAACAAUCUCACAGUUAUAGAAUCGAUAUUAUUACGCGGAGAAGGUGGAAUCGGUAGUUUGCAAGUCGGACAUCGCGAAGCGAGUUCACCGAUUACUCCAAUUGACAUCAUGAUUGAUGAGAAACAGCAUACACUUUGUUCGAAUCCUCCAAGAAAUCUCUUAUUUCGAAAAACAAUUACAUUGUAUAAUACAGGAAAUAUGAAAACAAUAAUCUACGAGAUAUCAUUCGAUCAAAAUGCUUGUUCUGGAUAUGGCUUUUCUACUCCCGUGUGCGGCAAUAUUGAGAUUGAAUCGAAUGAGAAAUAUAGUCUUCAUAUCUUAUAUCAACCUGAUUAUACUACGGAUGAAGUCAAUCGAACAUUAACAUUGAAUACAAAUAUUGGUCUUAUGACAUUCCCGAUCCACGUUCGAAUUCCACAACGUGUCUUAUCCGCAUGUUAUCAAAUUGUUCCACGGCCAGUGUGGGAAUUGCGAACAUAUUACUUAUGUUUCUGUUCUUUAUUCAUCAUGUUUAUUUUGAUAUUUUUCGCAGCCAUAUACGAUGCACGACGAACCUUCGAUAAUUAUUUAACACGCGUUGGAUGGCGUGACCUUAUGGAAACCACGAAUAACAAAAUCUUUGAUCUAAGUGAUUUGUCAUUAGCUGUGCAAAAAGAAGAAAAAACUCGCGAGCGCAUUGAAUCGCUGAUAGUUCCUGAUACGAAAAAAGGAAAAACUAGUGAGUUACCAAAGAACCCACUGAAAGCGAAACGUUCAACUACGCCAGUUAAUGAGAAGAGAGAAACAAUAGGAAAACCUCGGACAUCGACUGGAUCGUCAUCACUGGAAGUCAAACCAAUACAGGAUAAAACACGGCGACUAACGACGGAUGGCAGUUUAUCAAAGACGUCAAAGGAUCAAUCAGAAUUAACAGUUCAACCUCAGUCGCGUCCAAGGAAAAAGUCAGAUCAACGAACAUCUCCGGCAGUGCCAAAGGGCGUCUCUUCAUCGACAGUAUCAGAUGAAGAAAACGAACAAUUUGUUGUUUCGCGAUCACGACGUCUUUCAAGUAAAACAAAAAAGUUAUCUUCAAAUACCACUCCAACAUCGACUGUAGAUAUCAAUCCAAUUCAAUCGUCUCGUGAUUCUAAUCAAAUCCAUUCAACGGAGCUGGAUGAUUCUAUCAAAGAGCAACAAUGGAAGGUGGUGCAUACGACGAAAGGGCAUCGUAAGACUCGAACAUCUUCGCGUCGAGAAGCGGUCGAUGAAUCCCAAACUACAAAUCAAACAGCUGAAACAUCGGAAAACCAAACUGGUCCAUUCUCAACGUCGAUAGCGCAACAUUCUGGUACAAAAGUAUCCCGUCGCCGCCGUCGUCCUACGCCUAAGAAUCCGUCGCCUGUGCCAACUCCUAAUCUAGCGAAAAGAAAUAGUCUACAGGAUAGUACAUCAAUAUCUAAUGCGAAUCGAGAGUUAGCUUUUCGUCAGUUAACCGAGCAGUUGUGGGCAGCUGGUUUACCAUCAGCGACAACGGCAUGUUCAAUGUCCAUACGUUCACGCUGUUCAUCAGCACCACCAUCCGAACGUGGUGGUAACGAAGAGGAGGAGGAUCUCGCAAGAUCCGAUGAUGAUGAUGAUGAUUUAGAAGAAAAUCUUGACUGGGAUGAGCCCGAUAUUCCUGACGACGGUAAUGCAUAUUGCUUUGAGUCUUUCUAUCGCCUCUUUAACACAUGCUCUGCUGGCUAA